AUGAAGUUCAUGAAAGUGGGCCGUGUGGCCAUCAUCACCCGUGGCCGUUACGCCGGUAAGAAGGUCGUCAUUGUCCAGCCUAACGACACUGGCUCCAAGGCGCACCCCUUCCCUUACGCCAUCGUCGCCGGUAUCGAGCGCUACCCCCUCAAGGUCACCCGCCGCAUGGGUAAGAAGACCGUCGAGAAGCGCAGCCGCAUCAAGCCCUUCAUCAAGGUCGUCAACUACAACCACUUGAUGCCCACCCGUUACACUCUCGAGCUCGAGGGUCUCAAGGGUGCCGUCUCCAACGACACCUUCAAGGAGGUCUCCCAGCGUGAGGACGCCAAGAAGAACGUCAAGAAGGCCCUCGAGGACCGCUACACCAGCGGCAAGAACCGUUGGUUCUUCACUCCUCUGCGUACGUUUCACCCUCCGUCUCCCAACGCUCGCGGCUCUUUAUCCCGGCGGCAUUGCUGA